ACGAUAAUCAUCGCUUGUUGCAAAACCAGAUCAGCGUAUCGUAAUUACAUAUUGAGUCAUGUUUCGCGGUGUUGACUUGAGAUAACCUAAUUAGGCAAUUCUUUGCGUUAAUCGAAAAUAUCAAAGUAUAAGUAUAUUAAGAAUAGGUUUGCUCAGUUCAAAUUUGAAGUAAAUUGCUAAUUAAAACCAAUUAAACUGAGAUGGUUGAUAAAGUGUUCAUUACUGGUGCUUCUGGUUUCAUUGCCCAACAUAUUGUUAAAUUAUUGGUUUCGAAAGGUUAUUUUGUUAUAGGUACAGUUAGAUCAAAAGAUAAAGGUGAAAAAUUAAAGGCUAAUUUAAAUAGUCCUAACUUUAAAUAUGAAAUUGUUCCUGAUAUAAUUAAUGAGGGAGCUUUCGAUGAUGCAUUGAAGUCUAAUGCUGAUAUUAAGUACAUCUUACAUACUGCUUCUCCAUUCACUUAUGAUACUUCCGACCCUGAGAAAGACUUAAUCAUUCCUGCUAUUAGAGGAACUGAAAAUAUUUUGAACUCCAUCUACAAAUAUCAGCCCAAUGCUGAAAAAGUCGUUAUUACAUCAUCUGAUGCUGCCAUCUAUUCUGCUACAGAUGAACAAAAUUCAUCCCUUUCCUUUGAUGAAACCAGUUGGAAUAAUAUAAGUUACGAAGAUGCUGUUAAAGAACCGAUAGCAGCCUAUUACGGUGCUAAAGCAUUUGCUGAAAAAUUGAGUUGGAAGUUUCUCAAUGAAAAGAAGCCAAACUUCAAAUUAGUUACUGUGAAUCCAGUUUAUGUCUUUGGACCACAAGCCUUCCUUAAUGAAGUUAAGCCUACUUUAAAUGUUUCAAACGAAUUAAUUAACAAUUUAAUCAAGAUUGGUCCUAAUGGUCACUUUGACAAUGAUAAAGGUGGAUUUAUAGAUGUAAGAGAUGUUGCAAAAGCUCACUUGUAUGCCCUUGAAAAGGAUGAAUUGAUUGGAAAAAGACUUUUUAUGACUAAUGGUCAUUUUAGUGUCCAGAUGAUGUUGGAUAUUAUCAGUUCAAAUUUCCCAGAACUUAAAUCAAAAAUACCUGUUGGUACUCCAGGAUCUGGUCCAAAAGACAUUACUACAUUAGCUAGUGUAUCAAAUGCUAAGACUAGAGAAUUAUUAAAAUUCGACUUUAUACCUUUAGAUAAAAUUGUCGUUGAUACGAUAGCUCAAGUUUUCGAAGCUAAGGCAAAGCUCUAAUAUUAAUUGAUUCCUUUAUAAAUGGAAAC